GUCAUUGAAAAGGGGUUGUAACUUGAGCGCGGACCUGAUUAAAGUUCAUUAUAUGCUUCUCUUUCCAUAACAGACAGCGGGUGGUGGCUAGAGUAUCAAUAAGCGCGGAAUAUGACCACCAAUAGUGUUGACAAUCAUGUCGAGGAACACAGAGACGACGAUGCCAUUCCAUUCAUUACAGACGAUAUCGAAAACACGAUGAACGAUGGUGAACGAGAGCGAUUACUGCGCUACAUUGACCCAGAGUUUCUUGACGCAUCACCUGGGCAAACGGCCAAAGAUGCUGAUCAAGUGUUUGAACAGGAACGGUACGAUCUAGAGGAUCCCUCGGAGGAAUCCGAGCUUCUCGACGAUUUUAAUGACCUGCCUAAGGAAACGAAAAUGUUAGCACCGCGCGACUACCAGUAUGAGAUCUUUCAAAAAGCUGUCGAAGAUAACGUGCUCGCGGUCUUGGAUACGGGCAGUGGCAAGACACUUAUUGCUGUCAUGUUGAUCAAAUACAUAGCUGCCAAGGAACGAGAAGAACGAAUGAGCCGAAGAAACACCAAAUUGUCAUUUUUCCUUGUGGAUCGGGUCCCGUUGGUUCCGCAACAAUACAAUGUGAUCAAAGCAAACUGUGAUGCCAAAGUAGUGCGCAUGUACGGUGAAAUGGGUAUCGACAAGUGGUCAGAAAAGAGGUGGGAUCAGAUCUUUGAAGAAAACGACGUAUGCGUCAUGACAGCACAAAUCUUUUUGGAUACUUUACGACACGGCUUUAUCCACAUGUCUCAGGUUAAUCUUAUUAUCUUUGACGAGUGCCACCACGCAACAAAAAGACAUCCGUACAAUUUGAUUAUGAAAGAACAUUAUCAGCGCUGCGAAAAAGAUCAGCGUCCAAAAAUCUUUGGCAUGACGGCUUCGCCGGUACACGCGAAAUCUAAAAGUGUGGAGGAAAGCAUUUUUCAACUGGAAGCAAACCUCGACAGUAGAGUGUAUACCACACAGAAUGCCCAUUCCAUUAGCCAAGCAGUCAAUCGACCAGGAGAAAUCAUUGUCACAUACUCAACACAAGACCAGUACGAGCAAACACGACUGUCCAAACUUGUCAACCAAAAAAUUGGUCAUCUUGAACGAUAUAAACGAAUAUUCCUUGCAACAUCCAAUGCAUGCGAACAGCUCGGGCCUUGGUGCUGCGAUCGUCUCUUAUACCACUUAUUGAAAGCACAAAACGACCGAGUGUACGACGAAACGCAAGAAUUGCCCAUGGAUCGGCUCAACGACGAAGACCGAGCGACUCGUCAAGCCUACGAAUACACAAUAGGGGUGGCCCACGAUGAUCCGAAAUUAUUGGACAAUUCGCAGUUUUCCGGCAAAAUAAUCCAACUGAUGAGGAUCUUGGAUAUUAUGAGAAGAAAGGACGAUUUCUGCUGUAUCAUUUUCGUGGAGCGGCGACAUACAGCGGUGGCCAUUGACUUGCUCAUCAAGGCUUGCCAUAAAUUUGAUAUGAGCGUCAAAAGCGAUAUCCUGAUCGGCCAUGGCAAUAAUGAUGACGGUGAUAUCCAAAUGCGAUUCAAGAAGCAGCAUCAGGUUAUCCAGCGCUUCCGUGACGGUGAGCUCAACCUCCUUAUUGCCACCAACGUAGCUGAAGAAGGAUUGGAUAUCCAACCAUGCAACGUCGUUAUCAGAUUUGAUUUUUUCAACACACUGAUUGCUUACAUUCAGUCUCGAGGACGAGCACGUAAACCCGAAUCCAAAUACAUCAUUCUCGUUGACGACAAUGCUGCCGGCAAUCAGGCCAUGCUCCACGAAUUCCGUCGACGCGAAAUGGAAAUGAAACAAUUCUGUGCAGAGCAUCCCGAGCGAAGUGUGAGGAGCCGUUAUAACGACGAUAUUGACUUGGAUGAUGACGAAGACGAUGAAGAUGAAGACGACUUCAUCGAUCGGAUAUACAUUGUUCCGAAUGCGACUGCCACCAUCACACUGCACCAUGCUGUUCCACUGAUCCAUUUAUACGUCAGCUCGCUCCCUUCCGACGGUUUCUGUGUGCUGAAACCAGUAUUUGACAUGAACCCUGCUGGAGAAGGGUUCACGUGCACCUUGCGACUACCUAGCAACGCUGCUGUACGAGAAGUAACAUCGGAAGUUGCCAGGACAAAAGCUAAAGCCAAACGCUUUGCUGCUUACGAUGCAGCUGUCCAGCUCCACAAAAUCGGGGCUCUUGACGAUCAUUUACGACCCAGGAGCAUGAAACGACAAAUUCUCGGUGAAAUGGCACCCUUGCUCGAUGAAAAUGGACAAAUCAUCGGCAGCAAACGAAGACGGCACAUUUAUGAAAAACGUACUCCGCGAUUCUGGGAACGUGAGCUUCCUAAGGAGGAGGAAGAGACAGAAGAACAACAACAAAUGAAGGCCGAGGAUGACAAAGAUUUGAUGUUUGCUCAUACAAGCUCCUGGAGAGAUGCAAAAGCGAAUCAAUUUGAACCUCGGUCCGAGCUAUCUCACGUCAACCAACGGUUACGAAAACUCCAGAAUACAUUGACAAACGGAACCACCAACCCGCUGAGUAACGGAUCGACGGUAGGUUCCGACGGACACCAGGAUGCACAGGAUCCAAGUACAGAUCCUUUUGCGGGUUUAGAUAGCGCCUUUCGUAAAUCGCUCAGUACCCCCACCACCACCGCUUUAACAACAACAACAACAACAACGAUAGCAACAGCAGCGGCAACAACCGAGGCAUCAGAAUCACAGGCAGAAAAGCAAGAUGAUAUGGACGUAGAUCCUGAAGAGGAUAUCGGGGAGGGACCAUUCGAGCUUCACAUGGCUACCAUCCUCAUUGAAAUCACGACAGACCUUGCCAAUGUUCGACAUAUGGCCCUUGUCACUUGGAAACCGUUGCCCGAGAUCCCAGAUUUUGAACUCUACAACAAAGGCACGCCUUUUAAGAUUUCGUUCCGACCUGCGCCCAGUACCUUCCAGAUCGAUCGCCCGACGUUGGAAGGACUUGCAGCAUUCACCGUUUCGAUCACUUCUGCCAUCACCAACAAAGAUUUCCAGUGUCCUCUGAUUGAUUACCCGUACUUUUUCGCACCAUUAAAAACCAACAACAGCACUCAGCUUGAAUAUCCACUGGCCAGCGACACACCCAUGGAAGCCAUCGACUGGGAUGAAAUUGCUCGUAUAAUGGUCAAGGAGCAGCCUCCUGUUGAUCUUGACAAUCUACAAAACGACAUGACGGAUACAAUCUUGAUGGACUAUGCGGACAACUCAAGACGAUACCUGGUCCUCCAAGUUCACAACGAUUUGACCCCAAAUUCGCCUAUUCCAUCCGAUCUGAAAAUCCGAGAAUCUGGCCAUGAGAAUUUUGCUGCAUACUAUGCAGAGAAUUUCAAGCUUGAAGUGUCUCGAGCGGAUCAGCCCAUGGUUCGUGUGAAAAGAAUUCUCAAAGUCAUGAAUUUCUUGAUGCCUGUUGCACCGGCUGCACCCCAGGAAAAGAAACGGACUGCCACAUUUGUCGUUCCGGAAUUCUGCAAAGUGUUCUGGACAAGUGCAAGUGUAUACCAGUCGGCCAUGUUCCUUCCAUCCAUCAUGACUCGACUCGACUCCUAUCUGCUGAUCAAAGAAGCCGGUUUGCGAUAUGAUUUGCCAAUUACCGACAAUUUGAUGCUAGAAGCAUACACAACACCUUCUGCAAGCAUGGCAAUGAACUAUGAGCGAUUGGAAACGCUGGGUGACUCCUUGUUGAAGUUUAUUGCCACGAUCCGAUUAUACAUCAACUUCCCGUUCUCAGACGAAGGUGAACUCCAUUGCUUACGUAUCCGUGUCAUUUGUAACCGAGCUUUGUACCGAGCAGCUAAACGUCUACGUAUCUAUCGCUACGUGACCAGCCAUGCAUUCAAUCGCCGUUAUUGGCGGCCACACCACUUCGUCUCUCCUAAUGACAAUCCUGAAACGCUUAAAGAAUUGCGCGGGCACAUGCUUUCUGACAAAACACUGGCUGAUAUUGUCGAAGCGUCGCUUGGUGCUGCUUAUCUCAGCGCAGGUCUCGAAGGCGGUCUGCACACUGCAAUCCAGAUGCAAAUUCCGUUUGACGAGAUCAAACAAUGGUCCGACCUGCAACCAACUUAUAUCAACUCACGAUCCAAGGUACCUGCUCGUGCAGAAAUCAAGGCACUUCGAUCUGUAAGCGUACCGCGUGUUCAAGAAAUUGCUGGUUACGUGUUCAACACACCUCUCUUGAUUGUCGAAGCGUUGACCCACGCCAGUUUACCCAACUCGACCGCGCCAUGCUACCAGCGCCUUGAAUUCUUGGGCGACGCCAUUCUCGACUUUUUGGUCAUCCGAUACCUGUACAAGACAUAUCCAUACGCCGAUCCAGGCUUAAUCACCGAUAUCAAAGAUUCCUGCGUCAACAACCACGUGCUUGGUAUCAUUUGUGUCAGAAACAAUCUGCACACGCAAAUUAUCCAUUAUUCGGGUCGACUCGUCAAGGCCAUCGAAGAGUUUUCUCUCGAGCUUGAGACAAUGGAGAAGAAUGGCGAAGCUGUAGGAGAAUUCUGGACCGAAAUGUCAAUUCCAAAGGUCUUGUCUGAUGUUGUCGAAAGUAUGCUUGGUGCUGUGUUUGUUGAUGCUGGUUUCGAUCUUGCGCCUGUUGAAAAAGUGUUUGAAAAAUGGAUGAUACCGCUGUACGAGAAACACGUGACCCCACAAACCCUCAAGAUACAUCCUCUCCGAAAGUUCACUACAGAUCUUCAGCGUAUGGGCUGUGAAAGCUUUAUAAACCAUACUACAUCAUCGUCUGCAGCUGAUAGCCAAAAAUGCGUUAUUUUCCUACACGAAAAGCCUCUCGCCACUGGAUCUGCUGACAACGUCAAGGCUGCCCGCCGAAAUGCUGCAACCAGAGCUUCGCAGCGUUUGGUUGAUGAACCCGAUUUGUUGGCUAAAAUCUGCAACUGCACUAUUACAACUAGAAGAAAGAAGCGUGAGGAAGAGUAUGAUGAAGAUGAUAUUUAA